AUGGCUUCCCGCAUCGUCCUCUCUUCCACCCCCAUCGCGCGCGGCGCCUUUGUUGUCGGACGCCAGACCUCCCUCCUCGGCCGUGGAUUCAGCAUCUCGACGUCGAGAAUGGUUGGCUUGAAGGAGACUGCUGGACAUGCCGACGAGACGAUCCACGAGAGACACAAGCAAGACUCCCUCUCCAAGCAGAAGCAGGGCAAGGGUCACUGGAAGCCUGAGCUUGCCUCUGACAGUGAAGAAGCCGUCAAGGCAGACCGCUCCGAGAAGGCCGACCCCAAGACGUUGCAAGAACGGACCAAGGGCGCUGCUGAGGAGCAGAGCAAGGCCGGUACGAGCAUGAAAGAUGGGUUGUAA